GUUGAGAUAGCGGCUGUUUUGACUGGGUAUUUAUAGGAGAAGACUGUGGUUUCAAGUUGUGCUGCCCGGGUUAAAGAAUCGCAGGUAGGAGUGUAGCCAUUGCUUAACUAGAUUUUUCCACAUGGCAGAAGUUUGGGAUCCUGAAUUUGAAAUGGAGCCUAUUGCCUAUAUCCCAUCUUUUGAUGAUAUGGCAAGGCUAAUGAAUGAUGACAUCAAUGGAAAUCACUCUUCAGAUUUGAAAGGCUUUUCACAGAAUGCAACUUCAAAUAAAAAUGAGUUUAACAUGCAGGCUGGGAGAAGAUAUGGGUUUGGCAGAGGUGACUCUAGUGUACUUCCAAGAAUGAACAUACGGAAUGCAGGAAGAUCUAUUGGCAGAAGUGGCACGCUCAGUAGAGGUGUUUCUAGUGCAAGAGCAGGAAUUGGUACUCGGUCAGGUGAUAGUGGAUUUCGUUUCAGUCGUGGAAGAGCUGGAUUUGGUUCUGCUGCAUCAAGAGGUGGUUACAGAGGUAGAAAUGAAGAUCCUUUGUCUGGAUCUAAUUCUACAUUGAGAGGUCUAUGGGAUUCUGACAGUGCUGGUGGUGACAGUCUAAACCAAGGUCCCAAAGUGACCUAUGUCCCUCCAGCACCACCUGAAGAAGAAAAUGCUGUUUUUGCUCGAUAUCAGACUGGAAUUAACUUCGAUAAAUAUGAUGAAAUUCUUGUGGAUGUUUCAGGAAUAAACGUCCCACCUGCUAUACUGACAUUUGAUGAAGCUCAUCUAUGUGAAACAUUGAACAAUAACAUUAGCAAGGCUGGAUACCUGAAGCCGACACCAGUUCAGAAGUACGGAAUUCCAAUUGUGCUUGCGGGCCGGGAUUUGAUGGCAUGUGCUCAGACAGGCUCUGGGAAAACGGCUGCUUUCCUACUGCCAAUAAUAGAAAUGCUGCUGAAGGGCAAGGCAGCAGCUUGUCGUUCUCAGGAGUUUCAGCAACCAGAAGUGGUCAUUGUUGCACCUACACGUGAACUGAUCAAUCAGAUAUAUCUGGAAGCUAGGAAGUUUUCUUAUGGAACUACUGUGAAACCUGUUGUACUCUAUGGAGGAACAAGUAUAGCACAUCAAAUCCGCCAGGUUCUGCAAGGCUGUAAUAUAUUGUGUGGCACCCCAGGAAGACUUUUGGAUAUUAUCUCAAAAGGGAAAGUUGCCCUUGGUAAAGUCCAGUACCUGGUACUGGAUGAAGCAGAUCGUAUGUUGGAUAUGGGAUUUGAACCAGCUAUGCAGAAACUCGUAGGCUCGUUUGGCAUGCCACAGAAACAAGACCGCCAGACUCUGAUGUUUAGUGCCACUUUUCCUGAAGAGAUUCAGAGGUUGGCUGCAGAUUUCAUGAAGAGUGAUUAUUUGUUCCUUGCUGUUGGUCAAGUGGGAGGAGCCUGUGGUGACGUACAGCAGUCCGUACUGCAAGUUGACCAGUAUUCCAAAAGGAACAAACUGAUUGAAAUCCUCACCAAUACAGGUGUUGAACGGACUAUGAUCUUUGUUGAUACCAAAAGAAAAGCUGACUUUCUUGCUGCUUUCCUUUGUCAAGAGAAAUUCCCCACAACAAGUAUUCAUGGUGAUCGAGAGCAAAGGGAAAGGGAGAUAGCGCUUGGUGACUUCCGUACAGGGAAGUGUCCCAUUUUGGUGGCUACAGCAGUGGCAGCUCGAGGAUUAGACAUUGAGCACGUACAGCAUGUUAUUAACUUCGAUUUGCCGUCCACCAUUGAUGAAUACGUCCAUCGCAUUGGACGCACAGGUCGUUGUGGACAUGUUGGCAAAGCAAUAUCAUUCUUUGAUUCAAGUACAGAUAUGCCAAUAGCACGUGCCCUCCUAAAGGUCCUCUCUGAUGCACAGCAAGAAGUUCCUGUAUGGUUAGAAGAAAUUGCUUUUGCUGCUCAUGGAACUAGUUGCCAUAACUCCCUUGGAAAAGUCUUUGCUUCUGUAGAUACACGCAAGAUCUUGGGUGUUAACAGAAACUUCAGUGGUUAUGAAGCAAGUCCACCGGUGAUGUGUGGUGAAACUGAAGAUAUUUGGGAAUAAUACCCACACUUAAACUUUAAGACAGUUGUCCACUAAGGGUUAUUAAUAUUGAAGCUUUUCAUUGUUAACCUAUUUUAUAGGAAUCUCAUUUGUAAAAUUUGUUUACAUUUAGUUGCACAUGUUUUCAUAUUUAAGUUGUCUCACAGUGGUCAGAUAUUACAAUGUUGAUCUAUUUAUUUGUUAUCUGUAUGACUUGGGAAAUUUCAAUAAGGUUAUAAUAAACUGAAAAACUAUCUUUCUUGACUAAUUUUUUUG